GGAUGGCAUCAGACCUGGCAAUGAACAGCUCCGACCUGCCCACCAGUCCCUUGGCCAUGGAAUAUGUUAAUGACUUCGAUCUGAUGAAGUUCGAGGUGAAAAAGGAGCCGGUGGAGACCGACCGCAUCAUCAGCCAGUGCGGCCGCUUGAUCGCCGGGGGGUCGCUCUCUUCCACCCCGAUGAGCACGCCCUGCAGCUCGGUGCCCCCCUCGCCGAGCUUCUCGGCCCCCAGCCCGGGCUCCGGCAGCGACCAGAAGGCCCACUUGGAAGACUACUACUGGAUGACCGGCUACCCGCAGCAGCUCAACCCGGAGGCGCUGGGCUUCAGCCCGGAGGACGCGGUGGAGGCGCUGAUCAACAGCGGCCACCACCAGCUCCAGAGCGCCGCCGCCGCCGCCGCCGCCGGAGGCUUCGAUGGCUACGCGCGGGGGCAGCAGCUGGCCGCCGCCGCCGCGGCCGCCGCCGCCGCCGGCCCGGGGGGCUCCAUGCCGCCCGACGAGAUGGGCUCGGCGGCCGCCGUGGUGUCGGCGGUGAUCGCGGCGGCGGCGGCUCAGCAGAACGGCGGCGGCGGCGCGCCGCACUACCACCACCACCACCACCCGCCCGGCGGCGGCGGCCACCACCACCACCACCACCCGCAGCAGCCGGGCAGCGUGCAGUCCUCGGCCAGCAGCAGCAGCAGCAGUAGCAGUAGCAGCAGCAGCAGCAGCGGAGGCGCCGGGGGAGGCGGCGGCGGCGGCGGCGGCGGGGGUCUCCACCACCAGCACCACGGCGGCGGCGGCGGCUUGCACUUCGACGACCGCUUCUCCGACGAGCAGCUGGUGACCAUGUCGGUGAGGGAGCUCAACCGGCAGCUGCGGGGCGUCAGCAAGGAGGAGGUCAUCCGGCUGAAGCAGAAGCGGCGGACCCUCAAGAACCGGGGCUACGCGCAGUCCUGCCGCUUCAAGCGGGUCCAGCAGAGGCACGUCUUGGAAUCGGAGAAGAACCAGCUCCUGCAGCAAGUGGAGCACCUCAAGCAAGAGAUCUCCAGGCUGGUCCGGGAGAGGGACGCCUACAAGGAAAAGUACGAGAAGCUGGUCAGUACCGGCUUCCGAGAAAACGGCUCCAGCAGCGACAACCCUUCCUCUCCAGAGUUUUUCAUGUAUCCAAGAGAAUCUUCUACAUCAGUGAUGUGAGAAUCCCUGUUGCCUGAAGUCUGAAAAGAAAACAGGAUGCUGGACGGAGGCUGGCUUACAAUAAUUUCCUGGCAUGAAGACAGCUAUGAAGCACAAAAAAACAAAAUCUCCACAGAUAAACAAAACUCAGAAUGAAACAAGAACAAAUAUGGCGUUUUCAUGGCAUUGAAGAGUUCUUUAUUUUUCCUCAAGUUUUCUUUUCUUAAAAAUAAACACACAAAAGGAACUACUGUAAGGCGUUCACAGGAACAAGAUAGACUUGCUCUUCAGGUGACAAUACUCAAGCAUGUUCUUUUACUACGUUUAAAAUUGAGAGAGAGAGAAAUGUACAGAACUCAGUGCCAGGAGAGCUGGAACACUGGUGACCUUUGGUAGAAUCCAGCCCUCCUUAGAACUGUCCUCCAAGAGCCGGAUGGAAAGCCUUCCACCCUCCUGAUUAAUCCCACCCUGUCUGUUUGUAAAGAGACAACAUUACCCCACACUAUUUAGAGAAUGGUUUGCAAACGUACCUUUUACUAUCAUACUUUAAGGAUAUCCUGCAAUAUGUUUCGUUAGAAGGAGAGCAACCUGGAUUUUGGCCACCUUCUCUUUUUGACAAGGUAGUUUUAUUUGCAGUCAAGGGGGCGUCCUGAUCUUUUAUUUUUAUGUAAGAUUUUGGGUUGUUUUUGUCACAACCCAAAAUAUUAACAGCAAUCAGCAUAACUGGCAACGGGAUACUCUCCUCAGAGGUGAAGCCCUAAUAGCAACUGAACUCCCCAGGGGUAGCUGGGCCUCAUAUUUUGAGCCGUUUUUCAAAUGGAUGGGAAAACCAAAUGCCUCUCUAAGGUCCAUUUCACCCAUCACCCAGAAGCAAACCCUGGUCCUGCCACCAAGUGUACCCAUGACAGAGAACACAUCUUCCCUGGGGAGAUGUACCUGUAUGAUGCAUAAGCUUAGCGAAGCCAUGCUUUAUGUUUUUUAAGGUGCGAACCUUUCUGUGUGGAAAAUAUAGAGUGUGUGCCUACCACCUGCAGAAACAACGUCAGAAAAGCUUGUGCUGUUAGUUCAGAGUGUCUCCAAGAAUUAAGAUGGUUAAGCCUGGCAAAAUUAUAUUGUCUGUUACUCUUACCCAGUUCCCCAAUUCCCACAACUGCUAGCAUUUCAUUUAACAGGGGCUGAUUUGUAGCUCUAGCCUUCUAGAUCAGGAGUUCUCGAGCUUGGGGCUCCAGAUACUGUUGGGCUACAACCUCCAUCUUCUGCAGCCAUUGUGGCUAGGGAUGAUGGGCUCUGUAGUCCAGCAACAUCAGGGGAGCCGAGGUUGGGAACCCCUGAUCUGGACGAUAGGCCUGUAAAGGUUCCAGCACAGCUCUCUCUUUGCCUGAUGGUGUGCUUGCCCUUCCCAGGAGCUCCCAGCUACUUGGCCUGCCCGCCAACGCGGUCUUGGAUCAGCUUCUCACUUAGCUCCCACAAGGCUGCCGCCGCCGCUUCGUUCUGUGCCUCUUGCGAUGGCAGGCAACGGCAGCAGUUGUUGAAAUACAUCCCUCCCAGGCCUUCCAGUUCUGGGGCAGUAGCACAGUAGAUGGUCGUAGCGGCUCCCUUUUGCUGCAAUUAAACAGACAGACAAAAUGUCAGUGAGCUUCUUAAAAAGGGUUAGCGCAUACUGGCAGAGCCUGUGCUGCUGCCGAGGGUGGAUUAGCAACUUGGCUUGAAUCCAGAUCACGUCCACAAGGGCUCUGCCCACCUCCGUCCGCUUUUACAAUUAAUGGCCUCCAGUUAAGUGUGAGCUCCUCGGUUUUUUAUUUUUUUUUUCCCAGGGCCUACUAAAAACGUUCCUUUUAAUAGCAAUGCAAUAAAGUAGCCUGAUAUUUAUAUGAUUUAUAUACCAUCAUUUAAUCAGUGUUAUGGUAAAUAAAAUGCUAACAGUGUCUACAUUUCGGAAGGGGGGUGGGCUGGGUUCUUUGUGCCCAAGUCCAUAAGGAGUGUCUUAAUCUGCCCUGGCAGAAGACACUAGCUAGAGAGUAGAUCAUUAAUAUCUGGAGUCAGAUUCUAAGAACAUGAUUGAAUUAUGGAAUGAAAGGUUGGGGGACUCUUAAUGAAAUAGUCAAAGGCCAUUGGGGCUGGGGCAACACCAUCUAGGGAACCAAGGUAGAGAACCCAUGCCAUAAUGAGAGAAAAGGAGCAGUUACAAUGGGAGGUGGGGUUCAGCAUGCCCCCCAUUCCUUUGCCAACUUGAUGAGGGCCAAAAGGACAAUCUCUUUGAAAGGGCUCCCGUGUAAAGUGGGAGUGCGAUAUGCCUUCCCUCCCCGUCUUUCAGACCCAUGUGAUUACUUCUCCAAAGCUCCUGCAUUUGCCCAGUUGAUUGGCUCUACACAUUGACUAACUGCUGCUAUGAAGAAUUAGGUGGACCACUCAGCUGAAGAUAUAAUCCCUUUGCUCAAAAAGGAAAAAAAUUGUGACACUUUUGUUGCCUAUACAUUUAUACAUGUUUAUAUCUGCAGAUGGUAUAAAGAUAGUGCAACACGUUCCUUUAAAUGGAGAAUACACAGUGUAUUUUAGCUGGAAUAGAUCAAAGAGUUGGUCUGUAAACAAUGGCUAAGACGUCUCUUCCCCCCCCCCCGAUGCCUCUAGCUUAAAGUACCCGGGCGGGGGGGGGCCUUUCCCUGAUACAACAAUUUGCUGUGGGGCCCUAAUCUUCAACGCAUCUGCAUAACCCCAGCCACAGAGCCUUCCCCUUCUACUGCAAGAGGUGCAUGCAAAAAUUUCUUGUUCCACUGCAGUGAACGGAGUCACACACAAGUACAGGAAUGCCCAUGGAGUUUGGCUCCUACACAUUUUGUGAAUACGCAGAAGCCCCAGAGAAUCUGUUAACAUUAACGCCCAAACAAAUGAUAUUUUCCAAAUUCCAUGGUAUUUAUGGCUUUGCUAUUCUAAGGCAGCCUAAUGCAGCUUAUUAAUCUUUUAAAACCUUUUGUUCCAAAUGAACCUGGGCACUCCAAUUAUGGCCUAUCACAUAAAGUGCAAUUGGGAGCACUGCCAAAAGUAUCCAUAUAUCUCUGGUCAACAACUUGAAUGUUGUGGGUGACACUAGCCACAGGAAAGAACGUGGAUCUUAAUUUGCACAAUUCUGGAGGCCGGGGGAGAUGCCUGCUCUCUCCAGGUCUUGUUUCUAGCAAUAUAUAAAUCUCUGUGAAAUAUCGGAGCUGGGUUAAGAGCCGGGAAGCAACCAUUUUCCCUCUCCUGUCCAUUUCUCUCCAUCUGAAAACAUAAUGAACCCAUGCAAGUAGGGGAUUGAUUGCUUUUCAUCUCUCCAAUAGCCAGAGGUGAAGGUUGAACACAGAGGGCUAGAUCCAAAGGUGGCUGCCAUUCCGAGCAAGGAAGGAGGCAGCAGUGCAGCGAGGGAGCAAUCUGGCAGAACUGCCCGACCCACUGCACUGGUGCAGUGGGGAAGCAGCCAUUUUUGAUGCCGCCUCCUUCCCCAGGAAGCUCUCUGUGUCACCCAAAAAUAUGUUCUUGAGGGCCACACAAACUUCAGGACAUAUUUUUGGGUGGCAUAGAGGGUUUCCUGGGGGGAAACUGUUAGGAACUUCUGUUUGGCUUCUCUCUCGCUUCACCGGUUCAGCCUUGCUCUCUAUGUCAGCCGCUGUCUUUCGUUCACAGAAGGGCUGUUUUACCCCCUCCUGCAAACAGCAGCAGUCUCCUCUCUUUUUCACAGUCCCUUUCCCCAGCAGAAGCGUGAGAACUGUGGUAGACCCUAGCUGAGAAAGCACCGCAUGAACUCUUGUACAAGCUCUCGCACAAGCAUUUGCAGAAUGGUGCUAGCUGCUGUUUCCCUUCUGCUUGUAGAACUUCAGCUGAAGCCUACAAAACCUGGAUGGCGCGAUGCUCCGGGCUGUAUGUACACCACCAUUUCCCAGAACCUCACAAUGGGGUACUUGUGCAGAAUGCCUCUUCCUGGGAAUGUCAACAUUUAAAAAAUGCCUCAAGUUUUUAGUCUUUAUUGCUGCAAAAAGAGGGUGAAAAGUGUGUCAGCAAUGCCUGGUGGGAUCUCUCAAGCCAGAGGGGAAGUGCUGAAUAGGAUUUCUAUUUGUUGGGGCUCGUGCCCUAUUUAGUGCAUUACCCCUCCCUAUCAUGGCAGUACCAGAAUAAGUUACACAAAAUAAAAGAAAAUUAUGCAAUGUUCUUUAUGUUCCUAAUUUAUACAGGUCACAGAAUUCUGCCGCAAGAAAGCUGAAUUUGGAUUGCCUGGUGUUUUUGUUUGUUUUAAAAAAUAAAAGCACUGAGUACAUACAGCUCUGACUGUGCUAGUGAUAUAUUGUUGAGGCUGACCGAGUCCAGGCGGAGAAGCUGUACUAAGGGCAAGGUACCACUUUGCUUCGAAGCCAUAAUUAAAAAUAAUAGGCUUGAUUGUUCAGAAGACAAUGUGCAUUCAAGGCCUAAUUUAAAACCAAUACAGUUGAUCCAGAACCUUAUGAUUAUGUAUGUGCUUUGCAUUGCUUACUAUGGUAACUCAUUAUAAUCUUAUAGGAAUCUGAAUAAAGAGGCUGCUAAGCAUGACACAAAGUUAACCCAAGAAAAAUAAUUGUAAGUGUAGCAAACAGAUGUGAUGGUGAUAAAUAUUUCUAGCCAGUGCUGGCUUCCUACUUCUCUCCCCCCCACCCCCGCUCUACAAUAUUUACAGUAUCUCACAGCAUGUCAAUGGAUCGUGAAAAGGAGAGUGGCAAUCCGAAAGAGCUCUCUGAAAACAAACAUCUUUCAAUGACACUAACAGCCCGACACAGAGACUUGCCAGGCUGGGGGAAAUAAGUGUUUAAAAUGGGAUGGUGAAGCUGCUCUACCAGCCCAACACAGUCAGCAACUUAAUCCAGGCUACAAGCCAUGGAAAUAAUUCUGGGUAGGCAGUCUGCAAUUGACUCGUUGGGCAAAAUGCUUCUAAAGUGAAAUUCAACAGGGAGCUGUAUUUGGUCCCCCCAAAGCAGAGAUCUCUGUUUUGAGGCUGGCGUGCGAGAGCAGCUGAUUGGGGAAGAAGGCAGCAGUUAAUCCUGCUGCACUGGAAGUGGCAACGUGGGCCAAACUUGAAUCUUGCAAUCCAUUUAAAUUUGCCCAUCUAGCCCUCUUCAGACAUUACACAAAAGACACUCUACACAAGUAGAGUAUCUAAAACAGGGCUGCUGCAAGUCACGUCCCACCCCCCAUCCCUGUCAGCGCCCCGCUCAUGGCUAAAGUGGCAUUCGUAUGAAGAGGCGAAUACUGCACCAGUGACGGCGGGCAGUUCCAUGAUCAGGAGAUGUGGGCCUGCACCUCCUGAUAAUGGAAGCGCUCACCAUCACAAAUACCUCCUGUUCACAGAUGCCUCUCCAUAGGAGAUGCGCCCACCAUCACGGGUGCCUUUUCAAUGCAGAAACGCGAGUCAUAACAGAUGCAGUAGUGCCCUCUUCAGAUGUAAGCAGGGCACUGAUGGGUUUGGGGCGGGACGUCCAGCCCUGAUUUAGACGCUCUACUCAUGUAGAGCGUCUUUUGUAUAAUGAAUUAUUAGGGCUUAUCUAUCUGGAUAUUCUGGUCAGAGAACCUGAUUCUUUCAAACUUGGUUUGGAAAACUCUUAUUCUUUCCAGUGGAGCCAAUAUAGUUCUCAUUAUUUUCCAACUAAGUGCUCCUGUUCAAGUAAAAACUGAUUUUUUUUAAAAAAAAAAUAUUAAACUGUUUUAUGUCACUUCCAUGAAAACAUUGUAUAAACAAUUUAAAGCUGGAUAAGAAUUAACUCUAUAAGCUCUAUAGUUAACUCUAUUGAGAAUGAUAGCCUUUCUGUAUUUGUUUCGUUUUUCAGCCAGCUUAAGGAAUUACACAACGUGAAUAUAACAACAACUCUAUUACAUUAUAGAUCAGUACAAAGGCAAAUAUAGAAGAGUUGUCAUUUCCAUAGACCUGGAUAGGAUUUAUCUGUAAGAGUAAAGUAUAGCUAAUAUGAUCUAUGCAAAAGACUAGUUUUUCUACUCUUGCCAAGAUAUUUUCGCUCUUUUGGAUUCCUGUAAAGACUUGCUUCAGUUAUAAAUUAUAAACAACAUUAUUCAUAGUUUUCAGUUUACUCUGUUAUUCACAUAUCAAUUUAACCCCCAGACAUCAGUAGUCCAAAGCCUCUUCUGAACCAAACAGUCCAAGUCGUGCAUAUAAGUUACGCAAUUCUGACCCUACUUAAAUACAGGCGGACCUCGUUAUUCGCAGGGGUUAGGUUCUGCACCUACAACCGCAAAUGGUGAAACCGUGAAUAACGAAGCAUUAUGUCAAUGGGAAUUUGGGGGUUAGGUUCCAGAGUCUCAGGAAAUGGCCUGAAAAAUCUCCAUGACACCAAGGGGGAAAGCUGGGGAUGAGGGGGAAAAUAGUGCACCACAGUGUGCCUUGGCCAUCUCAGAUAUGAUUCUCUCCCACUCUCUAGCUGCCCCUCCCCCAGUCCUUCCAGGAAUGCAUCACAGAAUCUGCACUCUGAUGCCAUCAGCUAGAACAUAGCAGCUCAACCCCCAGGCCUUACCGGUUGUCAGGUUGGCCAGGGAGGCAUCACAGCAUGAGAGGCAGUUCACACAAAUACCCAAGGGGUGGUUCUCUCACCUUGCAAAGCUCAAUUUCAGCACUUUAGAGGCAGCACAGCAUUAGCAACAGGUCAAGUCCAGAACUUCAGAGGCAUCGUAGCAUCAGAGACAGGUCAAGUCCAAGUCCAGCAUUUAAACAAUCUCCUCUCUCAACCCACAGAGCACAUAUGGGAAGAGCACAGCCAUAUUUGGGGAUUGGAGGCUUGCAAUGAAAACCAUGGAUACGCGAGACGUGACACUGAAUGGCAAUAUUGGGGCAUUAUUUUUAAACCGCAGUUACUCAAAUCCAUGAUUAUUGGAAUUGUGGAUAAUGAAGCCUGCCCGUACCCUUCCUCAUUAUCCAAAUAUGUUAUUACUAGGGCUGCCACCCAAUUUAAAAAAACAAACUACUCAGUUGUAUGAGUUAUAAUUAGUGCUGUUACCUGAUUAAAUCAAUCUUAGUUGACUAAUCGGAUGAGUUUUGAUGAAUUGAUUCAUUAAAUUAUGAUCUGCACAUGUAUAAAAUCAAUUGUCUGAAAGGCGGGGUAAGUGGGAUGCUUUCUAGAUGAGGCUACUCAAAAAUAAUUCCUACAGAUUUCAAUGGGGUUUUCUCCCAAGGACAUCUUGUUAUCUCGGUGACACAAGGCAAGAAGUCUUGCCUUGAUGGUGGAGUGGGUUAAUUGUCCAUUUUUGCUUGCUGCACCUCCUCUGCCAAGAGGUGGGGGUCAACCAUGAGGCCAGCAGGUGAGAGAGUUUCAAGCUACUGUGCCAGCAUCAAACACCUCCCUCUUCUGUUGCCCACGUGGGAAAUGGCAGACACUCAUUGAGAAAUGGGAAAAGAAAAGAGUGCCUCAAAUAGGCUAGAAUCUUCCUUCCUGCUGUAUUAGGUUUUUUACUUUCAGGGAAUAUUUUUAUGUAAAGGUAAAGUUGUGCCGUCGAGUCGGUGUCAACUCCUGGCAACUACAGAGCCCUGUGGUUGUCUUUGGUAGAAUACAGGAGGGGUUUACCCUUGCCAUCUCCUGUGCAGUAUGAGAUGAUGCCUUUCAGCAUCUUUCCUGUAUCGCUGCUGCUCCAAAUAGGUGUUUCCCAUAGUCUGGGAAACAUACCAGUGGGGAUUCGAACCAGCAACCUCUGGCUGGCUAACCAAGUCAGUUCCCCACUGCGCCAUUAAAACAUGGAGUUUUCCACAUGCAGCCUGAAGUGCCACAGCACAUUCCACUCUCCUACCUCAUUCUGCUGUGUGUCGACUGGGGGGCACAAGUGUGGGUCGGGGCUGAACAGUUUAAGGGUUUUGUAAUCAAAGGGGAGCAGGCUGUGACCCCAUAUGACACAGUGCCUGACACGCACCAGUGCAGUGGGAGAGCCACCUAAUAGAAGUUCCCAACUAACUACACUGGUGCAGUGGGUAAGCAGCUUCCCCUUCGCCCAGGAUGCCAUCUGUGCAACCCAAAAACAUGUCCUGAGGACUGUGAAGCCUGUUCGCCUGGAAACUGUGCAGUUUUCAGGUGGCUCAGAGUGCUUCUGGGGAAGGGAAGGACCAAAAACAUUGCCACUUCUCCACUGCACUGCUCUGGAACUGAAUCCCCUAAUUCCUAAAGAUGCAAUGCCUCAUUAAUCACAGUUUCGUUUUUCAUGGUCAUAAGUUAGGAAUGGAACCCUAACAAAUAAUGAUCUCCAUCCACCUGUAUGUUACUUCUAAAGAGGAUAAAGAGAAGCACAUUUACCUUCUCCCUCCACAAUGCCUGUCACUAAGUCAAGUAAUUUUGUCAAGUGUCCAUUGUCUGGCGACUAAUUAUUUGGGCUGGCUCCUAGAUCCAAAGAAAAUUUUCCAAGGCCUGACUUGCUCCCAAAUAAGUGUGUGAAAUACUGCAGUCUUACUAUCUUGGAAUCAAAUUCUGUAGGGAGAACAUACAAUACUGUCCGGAAAUAUCAACAUGGCACUGUGUUUUUCUAAAUAGUUGAGAACCCUCUUGGUUAGUCUCAGUUUCUCACAGGAGACAUAGAUCUUCCACAGACCUAGACUAACCAUUCCCUCAUCUCGAUGAGGAAUGUAGUUCAGUUUCUCAGCACUUUCAUCACCCUACAAUUCCCAAGAUUCUCUGGUGGGAUGCCAUGAUAGUUAAAUUGGUAUAGAGCUGAUUCAACUUAAUAGUGUAAAUAUAAUGUCCUCUAAGAAGAGUUAGGCAUUGCCUAACUUGUCUUUAAAAAUUUUUAAUGGGGCUAAUUUGAAUAAUUUCCCUUAUGUCAGUGACUGUUUAUAGGGCAAAAAGUACAUAAUCUGGUCAGUGAGAGAGAUAUAUAUAUUCAUGGAAGAUAUGUUUGUUUUGCUCCUUGACUUUCUGUUUCACAUAUUAUCAGCAUAAGACAAAACAGGAUGUUAGGAAACUAAUUAGUAAACAGUUCCACACUGCCGAUACAAGAUGAACCAUCUUCUAAAUUGACUUUAAAAAAAAAAGUAUUAUAAUCACUACCGCGUGGCUUUCAGUGCCGGGCAGUUUAUGCCACAUCAGUAUGCUACGUAAAGAGACCUCGUGUUAAACAGCUUCAUUAAAAAUCUCUCAAACAGUGAAUGUGUCACUUGUCACAAAUGGCCCGUGAUCUAUUGUUAUAACUCCCCCCUCCCCAAAGUAACAUAAACAAUGGCGUAGGAUUUGGACAAUCUAAACAACUUUUGUUUCUACUCUUUUCAAACUGUCAAGAGAUUGUCAGCUGCAUGUGCCACUAAUGAUUCAAGCCAAGGUCAGCCUACACUAACUUGUAACAAAAGCCAGGCAUUGGAAUGGCAAAUGCACAGGAUGAAAACAAUUCAGAGGAGCCCAACUGAAUCUUUAAUCAUGCCUCAAAUGCCGUUUCCAAACCAGUCAAACAUUUAAAGAGCUGUCAGAACGAUCCCAUCACCAUGAAUCUUUAUACUGCAUGGGGGGUGGGUGGGAUCUCCAAAGAAUCUUGUUGUGAAUUACAUUGAAAAGCAUCUUGCAAUUAUUCUGAGUUGCAUGUCGUCAGAAUUCAAAGUGCAAUGCUGAAGUGUAUUUUUGGUUCAUUUUCUGCUAGUCUAGAAACAAUUAAACCCUUUCCCCCCAUUCCCCAAGGCCUCUGUUGGCAAGAUCUUCCACUGGUUCCCAAUCCCUUCCUAGCAGGCUGUUACAGUCUAGAUUAGAUCUCAUUUAUGCUAUGUGAAAACCAAAAAACCACAGCCGCUCUACAUCUCCAUCGGCCAUAAAGAUACAAACAUCACUUUCAAUAGUCACUCCAGUUUUAAAUCAUAUUUUAAAUCCCUCAAAUUGACUCUUAUUUUCUGGGCAUAUGCAGCAAAAUUCCCUACACAGGCAAAGAUCGGACAACAGACAUAUAUUUCUUGUCUUUCGUUGUCCAGUUCUUAGCUUGGGCUUCAGGCAUUUUUUCCUAAUAAUGUGAGACAUAAAGUGAAUAUCCUUAAUUAAUAGUCAAAACUGCUCAUUUUUAUAGGACUUCAGGAUCAGAAUACAUUCUUACCUAAUUAUUUAGUUUAAGGCAUUUUUAGAUGCUCUCAAAUUAUUAGAACAAAGCUGCCGCCAAUGUUUCUUUCGCAUUUAACAGACAAGCUGCUACUACUACUACUUACUACUACUAUGCAUAUUUAUAUACUGCUUUUCACUGAAAGUUUUCAAAGUGGUUUACACAGAAAAAAGCUGUGUUUUAAUCUGUUGAACUGAUUAAUGAAUAAAAAUAUGUAUAUACUAUUUUAUAUACCCCCCCCAAAAAAAACCCUACACCCCAACCUCACAGAGUGGUAAGCAUAGCAAAAGAAAUGAGAAAUUAGUUUCCUGUUCCAAAAGGGGCCACACGCAAGGGAGAAACCAGCAAGAGCCAAUGGGGAGACCCUGUGCUGGGCUGGAUAGGGACAGCUAAAUAUAUAGGAAGACAGCCACCAUUUUUAAAAGAUCUUUGCCCAGUUAGCAGGGAUUCAUUUGUUCAUACAUUUACUGGGUAAACACAUUUUACCCCAUAUAUUAACCAUCAAUAUAUCAAUUUAUUAAAAUUUAUUGGGGUCCAUGUCUAUGCUGUGUCUUUUCAAUUAACAUUCACAGAUUCAGUGUCUAGUUUCCAUUUUGACUGCACCUGAAAUAGUCACUCAAUCCAUCUGUUAUUUCAUAUUCGAUUCUAUUGAAAACCCCACCCCUACAUAUAUUUGUGGUUUCUAACGUUUCAUGAAGACAGCAGGCACUGAUGCUGCAAUGCAGCGAAACUCAGCCCAGUACAUCGUGUAGGGUCAACAGCCGACAGCAAGUGGGGAAGAGGAGAAAGGGGGUGAACUGGAGGAUGAUAAUGGGGCAAGACAAGGGAGGGGCUCACUUGCCAGAUGGUUCAAGACUUUCUCCCCCAUCCAGAGAUCUUAAAGGUAUUAGAUCCUGAUUCAGCAAUAACUUACUAUUAAUUAGUAGUUCACAAGCUUGAAAAAAAUAAUUGCAAUCAAUUAGGCAAUGAAUACAAAUUAAUAUUGAACUGUCUUAAUGCUACAAAAACAGGCUUUUUAUAUGCAGUGUAUGGUUUAAAAAACUCAUUAAUAUAAGUAAUGCAUCUAUUAGUAUUCUAAUAUACUCUUGUGCUCUUGGUAGAAAGGCAUCAUAUGGCUGAUGGUUAGUUUUCAGACUUGAUGGUUAGUUUUCAAUGUGCAUGUUUAGUUUCUAAAAAUAGUAUCCAGUCUUAAGGUAGGAUUAAAUAUAUAGCACAUGAAAAGACAAAGAACAAUUUAAAAAAAAACACAACACCCACAAAUCAUUAAUGACAAAUGAAUGUAAUAAAGAUUGCUAAACUUUUAAAGGGAUAUGGAUGGAAUAAAAAUAUAUUAUUUUUUAUUAUUAUUCAUCAAGGAGCUUAAAGAAAUGACUCAUGGAGCGAGUCCGAGGGGACAACUUGAUUAACAGUUAUUCAAUUGUGAUAACAUCUAAAUUCAAAACACAAUUCUUGUGAAGUGUGACUUCCAGUGCUUCUUUAAAAUUGCCACACCUUGUGGUUAGUUAAGCAAAGUAAACACUUUCCAGAGAGAGACAAGCAGAGAGAUACAACAGCUUGAUGGCAGAUGGCCUUGGCAGAAAUAAGAGAGGGAAGGAGAGAAAGGCUUUGGGACUUGCUUGGGGUCCUUGCCAUCCAGGCAUUUUCUAGGUGCAGUUUUUAACAACCACCAAAAGCAGGUAGGAACUGGAAAAAAAACAAGAAAUAAAAUCCUAUACCACUGAAAUUAAAGAUUAAAAAAUCACAGAUCCAAUAGUGUUUGGAUGUGUGUUUGUCCACAUCGAUUCAUAGGAUAUGUUCCCAUUUGAAUGGGAAGCAGACACCAGCUGAAGUCAGAUCUUCAUCAUAAUCAUGGACACCAACCAUGUGGGCCUAAUUGUCCCCAAGACUGUAUCCCUGUGUCUGGACUGUGCCACUUUUGACUGCAGGUAGGCAUGCACAUGACUGUAUAGGCCUCUAUUUAAAAAGAAAGAAAGCAAACACAGAAAUUAGCACGUCAGGCAGAAGACAUUCUCUCUGCCAUAUAACUGUUUGUGUGCAGGGAAAUUUUUAUAUAUGGAGGAACAUGUGAGCAGUUUGAAAUGGAACACACGGGUUGACCAUCUUAAUUUAAGGUGAACCGAGGUAGCUCAAUCGCCACGCUUGCAACACAGGUUGAUGUGCCUGCCAAAACCCAUUCUCAAGCAAGAAUGUUCAAAAUCCCAUAUCUUGAUUCCUGACAUUUUACUCUAAUACUAGCAACCGAACUGGACCAUAUCUUUGACUGAUUGCUAUGAUUUUUAAAGGUGUGACAGACUCCUAGGAAAACAAGGGAGAGAUCAACUUGUCAUAAUCUUUAUUCCACCUUCAGAAAUGCCACUUUCAAAUCAAUAUUGUGUAUGAAAUGAAAACAUGAUAUAUAGAAUCUGCUUCUUUUCCCUCCAUUAUCUCUUUCUAGUUAAUUCCCAGCAAUAGUUUACUCCAAAGACUGCAAGCUAUGAAGACUUGCAAUUGGAAAUUUUUUAGUUGUAAAUUUAUUUAUUUUUUUGGACACCACUGAUACACAGACACAGAAUCCUUUCCGCAUAUUAUGGAAGAUAAAACUCUCUACACUCCUCAAGUAAGAAAACUGAAAGAGGAUUUCUUUGCUGCUGCCAAGGCAUUAGAACUAACUUAGUGAUUUAUUCUAACUGUGUUCAGCACAUGCAGUUUGAUUAAAACUACAUUUGGGGUUUUAACUGCACAAAAGAAAUUAUAUCUAUUGUGCUAGAUGUAUUUUGAGAAAGUAUUACGAUCUUUGCCUUAACCCCUCGUCCUCAGUCUUAAGAGAAGCUGGGGCAAAUGGAGAUUGGCAACAUCAAUUUCAUACCCAUGUGGGUUAGGAAACUGGGACGGUCUUCCAGACAAUGACCUCAGGAGUUUUAGAACUAGUAAAAAGAAAAUAGGUAAAGAAGCAGCUAUCUCACAGAAGUGUUCUGAUAAUUUAUUUCUACCUAACAGCUUAAAGAUUCUCACAGAAAAAAGCACUCUUGGAUUUUUACACUAGUCAUCUAUAAAGUACUGUAUUAUUAAAAUGUGUUAAGGGCCUGUAGAACCAAGUAGUAAAACAUAAGUGAGCUUUCUAGAUUAUCACAUUUUUUUCUCGUCAUUAUACAAUCUCCUCCAUGAAAAAAAGAGAUGCCCAUUGUACAAAAAUGAAAAAUAUUGUCCAGGAGCCAAAUAACUGUUCUUAGAAUGCUUUCAAUUUGUAUUUCAUGAACAUUGGUCCCUUCACAGCUCUUGGCAACCUACUUUAAGAUCCCAGCUGGAUGUUGAACAUUACCAGCUUCUGGAAAUUGCUUGAAACUAAUACAGUUCCACCUUGGUCUUUAUAAUCUGAUUGAAAAGCAGAUGUUACAUGUCCUAGAAAUGAUAUCAAAGAGCUUGGGCAACCGAAUGCCAAGACCACAACCUGUGUUGCUUCCGAUUUUAUAUUUACUUAAUUUUUGUCCCUGUGAACUAGAUACUUUUAUCACCAGUGUCCUUCGUUGGUUAAAUAGUCCUGCCGUCUACCAGUGACCAAACUCUUCCUACUUGUGCUUCAAUCUCUUUUCCCCUAUAGUUGUGGCACAACGAGAUAAGGAACUGCUGCAGUCUGUUCUGCCAGAAGGCAAGGAACAUUCCUUUUUGCAUAGGCCUAGGAGACAGCUACGUAUGGCAAAACAGCCUGUCUUGCUUUGUGUUCGAUAGAUUUCAUUGCAAGAGAGAGAGAGGCCUCAUUUGCAUGUAAUGCAGAACCUCAGUUGAAUGGGACUCCAGUUCCACGGCCGUUACAUCCGAAUGUGGGCAACCUGGGUUGCACACAGCGAUGAAACCGAGGGUUGAAACUCCAAUCUGAAACUUCAGGUUGUAGUGAGUUUCGUCGCCACAAACCGAGGUUCCAGGCAGCCUGCAGUACAUCUGAAUUCUGAACUGCAGGCUGCCGCCCCUGGAACCAGAGUGGAGGAAGGAAUUCACUCCUCCUUCAACUCUGGUGUGAUUGGCUGUGCAAGUUUUGCAUAAAGUAGAAAGCCCGGACAGCCAGCUCCCCCACCUUCCUGCAGUCCUUGACUGCAGAGAGACUACUCUCCUAUACAUCUGAAUUGGGAUGGGAGAGCGGGGCAAGCGGGCGCAGAACCGUGGGUCCAUUGGACCCACAGCUCCGUGUUACAUGUGAAUGCGGCCAGAGAGAGGAGGAUCCAACAACCAAACUGCCUCAAGUUAGACUUCAAUGGGAGGAAGGUAGCCACCUUUCAAUCAAGCUCUGGUCAUGGGCAUCUAUGUAUAACAGUUGUGCUGGGUAGAUAUGCAAAUCCCUUUCCAUAACAUCAGAUGUACCCUGCCAGUUAUCUGAGAAUUACAUUGCAGAUGGGCAUAAGGAUCUAGAUGUGUAUGUGGAUCUUCAUUAGCUAUCUACACAAAAGGCCUUUUCCAUGCUAGGAUCUCUAUUGCUGGAUCAGGCUAUGUUGCUUCAAUUGUUUUGGCUAACAGCAGUCAGCUUUUAAGAUGCCCAACAUCCUUCCCAACACUUGUAGCUGUGAAACAGUCAACUCUGAUGUUGAACUUGUAGCAACUGUAUUGUAAACUUGAACUUGUACCUCCUAAAUGCUUGGAAUCUGCCUCUGUGUUCUGUCUUUGCAUAUCAAAAAUGCAGUGUCAAAGAUAGCUUGCCAUGUCUCUUUGGGAUUGGUAUCCACAUUGUCUUUUAAAUCAUGACUGUAUAAUAAAAAUAAGGUAGGGUUUGGUUGAAAAGAAAAUCUCCUUAAACCUCCCAAAAUAUUCAUCAAGAAAAACACAGGGCUAGCCAAGCAGGCUUGAAAGUUGGGCUUCUUGUGGUAUCUGUUUUUAUACACUGGGCAGAGUGGUUUUUGUUAAAAUAAAUAAAUACAUAACUACUGUGCCACAAAAGGAGAAUGCAAAACAAAACUGAUGAUGGGGAAAUGAGCCAGGGUUUGUUGACAUAUUCUGCUGUCAUCUCACAGAGAUUGAAGUGUUUAAGGAUUUAUUCUGUAAUUAACUUUAAUAAGAUAUAAAUAUAUUAUUUAUAUAAAUGUAUGUAUACUUAACAGUACUGUAUAUAUUUCUACAAGCCUUUUAAUACUCUUGGUGUUACUAAUCAAAAUUAAGUAUUUCUCCAUGCAUAAGAUUUCAAAGAAUGGCAUCUCAUUGUGAAAUUCAACUGGCUUCUUCUGUUCUUUUGUACAGAAUUGUUUGAAUCGGAAUGUGUGGGAAGGUAACAAAAAUAAAUAAAUAAAUUAUGAGAGAACCAAAUGGCCACCUUGGGCAACUGAAUUCUCAUGGAUUAAAAAAAAAAAAAUGAAAGGAAGAAAAUCCACCCAAAUGCUAAUUUGGGGCAUGGUCCACUGGGAAGUACUCCUGCACUGACCCCACUGAAAUAACGGGAGCUAUGUGAGACCACUACCACGGUGCUCUAGUGCAGCUCGAGACGUUUGUUGUGCACCUGAGAGGCAGGGGGCCAGAUGCUGCCCUUCUUUGUAUGUACUCUCAUCCCCCUCUGUCCCUGGGAGCAGAAAGGCAUUUUGCCACCUCCCUGGUACUCCAAUAGGCUGCUGCUUGGAGCUCCCAUCCACAGAAGCACGUCCCAGUGGAUUUGUGUCUGUUGGUUUCAAGGACACCAGAUAUUUUGAAACAUCCUACAUUCAUAGAAGCAGUGUGAUGUCUCUGGGGUUCAGAUUUCACCCCAUUUUGUGCAUUGUGUACAUAAACAUCAGCAUUGAAGCACACUCCGAAAAGCCAGAGUGUGAGAUGAUGAUGGGGCUGCCAUGAGGGUAGGGAGUUAAUUCUGUCUUCCAGAAGCUAAUUAAGGGAAUGUAUUUUGCAAUAAUACAGAUCAAGUAAAGAGCCCUGACUGUCUGGACUUUGAGCUAUAAGCCGGGCACUAUUGUAUUAUGUAUGUGUGACUUUCAUAGGUAGUCUGCUGCAAAGUGAGUCCAGUUUAGUGCAUUUCUCAGGCUAAAGACACCAGUCUUGUUAAUAUUUCAUUUAGUACAUACUGUAGCGUCUCAUUUAUAUUACUUCGAUAAUUAAUGGUGAUAGCUUAGGCACUGCCUUUACAGGGAGAGGUCCCUGUAUGUUGGUCGAUGGGUAAUGAGAAAACAAUAGAUAUUUCAUUCACCAGCAGCUUCUUGCUAGUUAGUUAGGAAAUGAUUGUGUUGCUUCCAUUGCCAGGGUAAAUAAUGCUGCCGUUGUGUUAGUGAACAUUUUUAAAGCACUUGAUGCAAAUAGACUAGAAACAAAGCAAAAACCUGUUUCUUUCUUUCUUUCUUUUUUAAAAAAGGGACUUUCAUUAUGCUACACCUUCGCAUAGAGAGUUUGGAAGGUCUGUCUCAAACCCUUUUGCCACCGACCUUUGGUGCAAAAUAUAUCUCAAUAUGCAUGUGCUGACUAUUCAAACGACUGUAUUUUAAGAAAUACAAUUAUGCUGCCUUUCUCUUCUCCUGUGUAGAUUGUAAAUAAAUGUAGAUCUCUCUUUUGUUUUCCCCCAUGUAAAUAUAUGUAAAUAUUAACAAGCUAUGCAUGCUGAUAUUCUAGGCAAUUUCAGGUACUUUUAUAAUCCAAAGGCAUGUACUUGAACUGGUUUGUUAAAAAAACAAAACAAAAGAAAAGAAAUCAACUCUUUAAAGCUUACUAGAAAUUAAAGAUUUGUUACUAGACUGGUUCUUAA